CUGUCAGUGUCUUGUCUCUUCUUCAGUCUCCAGCACCACUGGCACUUACAGGAUGGCGGAACCGGAAUGGACAAGUAUCUUCCGGAUGAAAACAAUGGAUCUUCAACACUCCUGGCGUCUGCAGUUUGAUGAACAUAUUAUACCUGACACCCCAAUCUACGGCUGGGAGCAGUACAUCAGGAACACAUGUGCAUGGUUCAAAUGCACCAAAUGUGGAAGAGGUUGGCCUUCCAACCGGGUGAUGGUGCUCUUCAACAUGUGCCUGACAGACGGGGAGGGCGUUGUCAAGGUGAGGGCCUUCCGUCAGAACUGCAAGAUGUGCAGCGAAGCUCCGAUGGAGAAGCCCAGCAUCACCUCCGACAACAUAGACAUCCUCCUGGAGAAUCUGGUGAAGAAGAUAAGAAUAAAAUGCUACAAGGAAAACCUGGGCGAAGGACACAAGCCUUUUGUGAGCCUGGAAGUCAACAGUCCCCAUGAGCCUGCUCAUUGUGAGGCCUGUAUUGGAGGCUACUGUACAAGGAAUUAAGCUUGCAUUGCUGCUAAGCCUUUUUCUUAAUUUAAAAUAAGAAUAAUAUUUGUCUCAGGCUUUUAUGCCUAAACUCAUAUUUGGAAAGCAUCAAUUGUAUAAGACAUCCCCUAAUGUCAUUCUGUUUCAUUUUAUUAUUGCCUCUAUCAUAUAAUAUAUAUAAUAAUCAUGCAAGCUUUCAGAUUUAUUCUUGUUGGUAGUCAAUUGUCUUUAAAAUAUGAAUUCAUCUUCUCUAAAGCAUUAAAACAGCCUUCUUACAAUCAGAAAUGUGAUGGAUAAAUAAAGCGUGUACAAACAAUA